CAUUAGUACUGACCAACGUUGAGGCGACCUGUGAUGAAAUACUGAACGCUGCAGUUGCUAAGCACAGGGCGUUUGAUCAGAAUUUUCGUGAUGGGGAUUACUACUUACUUUACCCAGACAUGACAAAAGUUCAUUUUAUACCAGGAACCCAGGAGCUUUUUAAUCUUAAAUCCUACAAAGAGGCAUGUGGGAAACCAUACAGAAGAAUUCUAUUAUGUCUAUGUCUGCAGACAGAAUUCCAGAAAAAUGGUAAGUGGAUAAUGUAUUGAAUUUAGAAUUAUAAUAAAGAGUGACUGUGACUCAGAUUACUAUUUUCAUAUUUCCGCAGAAAAUCCUACUGUUGAAAUAUCUGAUAGCGAUUCUGAGGUUAUAUUGAAGCACACAGAGAAUGAUGAUCUGGAUGAAACACUGCCAUGGAAGCAAGGUGCUUCAAAUCAAGCCGAGGCUGACCGAAGUGCACAGCAGUCGUCAUCACAUACCGUGGAUAUGAGACCCCAGGGAAGCAGUAGUAAUAUCUGCUAUAGGAACUACACUGAGGUAUUUGCACCAAUCCCUCUCAGUGAUGACAGCAGUGUUGAAGACACAGAAGAAACUGUGAUAGGUGAUAGAGCUCAAGAAAGCCAUAUUACAAUAAGUAACAUCAUAGAAGAUUUAUUUCUUCAAGUCAAUAAUGCAGCCUGCAGUCGCUUUAUAAUUAAGAGAGCUGAUGUCUGGGGUGGAGCAAUGCGGGGUUUCCGUAGAAGUAACUAUGAACCCCAGAAUUCCAUUAUGGUGAAAUUUACGGAUGACAUUGGAGUCACUGAAGAAGGAAUUGAUACAGGAGGACCAAAACGGGAGUUCCUUGGUCUUCUAAUGGAUCACUUGCAUAAACGUCCCAUAUUUGAAGGACCAGAAACACAAAGGUUUCUUAAAUAUGAUGCAACUGGUGAGAAGAAUGACGAAUACUUCAUGGCUGGAAGAAUAAUUGUUUUUCAUCUGGCUGGCUGCAAGACAGUCAUUAAAGAAUUGGACGACAAGGAGAAACUAGUUGAAGACUUUCUUAAGUGGUAUAUAAUUAAAAGAAAUGCAUUUGGCAUCGAGCGGAAAUUUGUCGCCGGAAGGACCAUCACUGCGUGAUAUUCUCCAGUUUGCUACCGGCCUGUCCUCCAUUCCACCUUCUGGUUUCCAUCCGCGUCCAUCAGUACAGUUUCUUCAUAAUGGGUCACCAUAUCCCAUUGCUAACACUUGUGGCAAUAUUAUUCACCUACCAAUUACUACAGAUUACUAUACUUUUCAGAAGAACAUGGACUUUGGAAUAUUAAAUUCCCCAGGGUUUGGCAGAGUCUAGAAUUAUUAUAAAAGGGUCAUUCCACGCCAACUCAACCAGAAGAGGGACAUUUCGUUGCCCGUCCGUCUCAGAUUUUCGUUGAAAAAAUCACCUGUGGGUUUUCUGACAA